AAACAAGAUGGCGGUGCGCGCAGGAGGAGCCGCGGCAGUACGCUGAAGCAAUGCAGAGGAGGAGACGAGGGGGGCGAGGGUACCACUCCUGUCCUCCCAAGGAAGCGCAGCUCCUCAGAACACGAGAAGAGAUGCUCAUGCAAGUGUUCGCUUGGCGAGACUUUUCUCCGGUGAGCAUCAUAUAAAGGCGAACCGCAACACCACGGAGAAGAGGUGGAGGACGCUCCCGCCUCCACAACAGAGAUGUCCCUACUAUGUGUGGGAGUGAAGAAAGCCAAGCUGGAUGGACCCCAAGAGAAGUUCAACACUUAUGUUACUCUUAAAGUGCAAAAUGUGAAGAGCACAACCAUCGCUGUCAGGGGCAACCUGCCCAGCUGGGAGCAGGACUUCAUGUUUGAGAUCAACCGCUUGGACCUGGGCCUGACGGUGGAGGUGUGGAACAAAGGGUUAAUUUGGGACACAAUGGUCGGCACCGUGUGGAUCCCCCUCCAUAGCAUCCGGCAGUCAAAUGAGGAAGGACCGGGCGAGUGGCUCACCCUGGACUCUCAGGUCAUCAUGACUGAUAAUGAGAUCUGUGGCACCAAAGAUCCCACACUCCACCUGGUGCUGCUCGACACGCGCUUUGAGCUUCCUCUCGAUAUCCCUGAGGAUGAGGCUCGCUAUUGGGCCAAAAAGUUGGAGCAGCUCAAUGCGAUGAGGGAUCAAGACUACUCGUACCAGGAAGAGCAGGAGCGUCCUCUCCGUGCGCCAGGCUCCCAGUGCUGCAAUUGGAGUCUGUGGGGAGACCAACAGAAUGAGGAUCCUGACAGCGCUGUGGAUGACAGAGACAGCGACUAUCGCAGUGAGACGAGCAACAGCAUUCCGCCACCGUUCUACAGCACAUCCCAGCCCAACGCCUCAGUCCACCAGUAUCCCAUCAGCCACCAGCACAGAAACUCCCGGAGCUAUUCGUACCCACGUACGGCCAACAGCCACGACCCCGAGUAUCAGCAUCAGAGGACCAUCAGUCCCACAGGAAGCUACGCAUCAUCUGCAGAGCUCAGCCGGUGCAGCAGCCAACUGAGCGAAGAAGACUAUGUUGGAGAAUACGAGGAGAGGGAUCCUUACGAUGAGAACGAUUCCUACCACUCCUGCCACUCCUCAGUUAGCUACAGUAAGGGCUCUCCAGACUGGGAUCUUGAUGAGACCCAGGGUGGCUACAGCGAUGAGUGCGGCUACAGCAAAGAUGGAGGCGAGGAAACGGCUCUGUAUGAUGAGGAGGACGGAGGACUCUAUGAGGGAGAAGAAGAGGGGCUUUAUGAAGAUGAGGAAAUCAUGUACGAUGACGAAGACUUGUAUAAUUUAGAUGGGACUCUCAGUGAAGAUAUGGAGCCUCCGUUCACACCCACACCGACAUCAACUGCCCCUCAGACUGUUGAUGUAACCAGCCCCAGACCCCCGCUGGAGAAGCAGGCCUCUAUACACCAACAGCCACCCUCGACACAGCCUUCUAACCAGACGCCCCAACAGGGUCUUGGUACCGGCCCCGCCUCAGCAGGCCUGCAGGGUCAACAUGCUGCCCAGCCACCGAAACAGCCUCAACAACCACCACAAGCUGCCCCUUCUGCAACGUCCUUCUUCUCCAUGGCCAAGCCUCUGACAGCUGCCGUCAGCGGCUUGGCUUCUUCCUUCCUCUCCUCUGUCCCCAAUGCUCAGCCUCCACAGUCUCAGCCCCCGACCUCUACUCAGCAGCACAGCUCUGCUUCUGCUUACUCGGUCCCUCCUUCACACCCAGCCACCAUGGCGCCUCCGUCCUCUCAGCCACCCUCCACUGCAGGGGGAUCGUCUACCCAGCAGGCACCAAGUUCAACUCUUCCUCAGCAGGAAAGUCCCACUGUCUCACAGACGACGCCCCCUGCUGACAAAGCUCUUCAGCUUGAAGAGGAGCCUUGGGUGGAUGAGGAAACCAUGUUGGAAGAGAAGAGAUUGUCCCCUAAAUAUGAAGAAGAGAGCCUUGGCAUAGAGGAAGAGCCGGAGUAUGUGGAGGAAAGACCACCGACGCCGACAGAGGAGAAAGAACCUGCACCUGAGAGUCCGCCUGUGGUAGAGGAACCCAAAGAGCCGGUGGACCCCGCGGUCAGAGCCAAAGAGAACUGGCUCAAACUCUACAACAAGGUCUUGGAUCAGAUCCGAGAGGCUCGAGGAGAGACUUCCAACUCGCUCUGGUUUGGUAAAGGAGGGAUGGGAGGGGCACUGUACAGUAUCGACAGUAUGCCUGAUCUGCGCAAGAGGAAGGCGAUUCCUCUGGUCAGAGAUUUGGCGAUGUCUUUAGUGCAGAACUCCAGGAAAGCUGGAAUCACCUCUGCCAUGGCCUCCACCACGCUGGGCAACGAGGAGCUGAAGAGUCACGUUUACAAGAAGACGCUGCAGGCCCUCAUCUAUCCCAUCUCCUCCACGACCCCUCACAACUUUGAGGUGUGGACAGCCACCACCCCCACCUACUGCUACGAGUGCGAGGGACUGUUGUGGGGCAUCGCCCGGCAAGGCAUGCGCUGCUCCGAGUGUGGCGUCAAAUGUCACGAGAAGUGCCAAGACCUGCUGAAUGCCGACUGCCUGCAGAGAGCUGCAGAGAAGAGCUCCAAACAUGGGGCUGAGGACCGCACUCAGAACAUCAUCAUGGUCCUGAAGGACCGCAUGAAGAUCCGGGAGAGGAACAAGCCCGAGAUCUUUGAGCUAAUCCUCGAAGUGUUCGCCCUCGACAAGGCAACACAUGGAACUCAGAUGAAGCAGAUCAAGCAAAGUGUCCUUGAUGGGACGUCGAAGUGGUCGGCAAAGAUCAGCAUCACCGUCGUCUGUGCCCAGGGCCUGCAGGCCAAAGACAAAACAGGAUCCAGCGAUCCAUAUGUGACUGUCCAAGUGGGAAAGACCAAGAAGAGAACCAAGACCAUCUAUGGAAACCUCAACCCGGUCUGGGAAGAGAACUUCCACUUCGAAUGCCACAACUCUUCCGACCGCAUCAAGGUCCGCGUGUGGGACGAGGACGAUGACAUCAAGUCGCGAGUCAAGCAGAGGUUCAAGCGAGAAAGUGACGACUUCCUGGGUCAAACCAUCAUCGAGGUUCGCACUCUGAGCGGCGAGAUGGACGUGUGGUACAACCUGGACAAGCGAACAGACAAGUCUGCCGUGUCCGGAGCCAUCAGGAUGCACAUCAGCGUGGAAAUCAAGGGAGAAGAAACGGUGGCUCCAUAUCACGUCCAGUACACGUGUCUCCAUGAGCAUCUGUUCCAGUACACCACUGAGGAGCAGAACGGAGGGGUGGUGAAGAUCCCUGAUGCCAAGGGGGACGACGCUUGGAAGGUGUAUUUCGAGGAAACGGCUCAGGAGAUAGUGGACGAGUUUGCCAUGCGAUACGGAGUGGAGUCCAUCUACCAGGCCAUGACCCACUUCGCCUGCUUGUCGUCGAAGUACAUGUGUCCAGGAGUCCCAGCAGUCAUGAGCACGCUCCUGGCAAACAUCAAUGCCUACUACGCUCACACCACGCAGUCCUCCAACAACGUCUCGGCCUCAGACAGAUUCGCUGCGUCCAACUUUGGCAAGGAAAGGUUCGUCAAACUACUGGAUCAGCUCCACAACUCGCUGAGGAUCGACUUGUCCAUGUACCGGAAUAAUUUCCCCGCCAGUAGUCCUGAGAGACUCCAGGACCUCAAGUCCACCGUGGACUUGCUCACCAGCAUCACCUUCUUCAGGAUGAAGGUCCAGGAGCUGCAGAGUCCGCCCAGAGCCAGCCAGGUGGUGAAGGACUGCGUGAAAGCCUGUCUCAACUCCACCUACGAGUACAUUUUCAACAACUGCCACGAUCUGUACAACAGGGAGUAUCAGACCGACCCUUCCAAGGCGGUUCCCCCCGACGAGCAGGGUCCGAGCAUCAAAAACCUGGACUUCUGGUCCAAGCUCAUCACUCUGAUUGUGUCCAUCAUCGAGGAGGACAAGAACUCUUACACCCCAUGCCUUAAUCAGUUCCCUCAGGAGCUGAACGUGGGAAAGAUCAGCGCUGAGGUCAUGUGGAACAUGUUCGCGCAGGACAUGAAAUACGCCAUGGAAGAGCACGAGAAGCACCGCCUGUGCAAAAGCGCCGACUAUAUGAACCUGCACUUCAAAGUGAAGUGGUUAUACAACGAGUACUGCAAGGAGCUGCCCACUUUCCAGAAGCACGUACCGGAGUAUCCGGCGUGGUUCGAGCCCUUCGUCAUCAUGUGGCUGGAUGAAAACGAGGAAGUGUCUCGCGACUUUCUACACGGAGCGCUGGAGAGGGACAAAAAAGACGGGUUCCAGGUCACCUCGGAGCACGCGCUGUUCUCCUGCUCCGUGGUCGACGUCUUCUCUCAGCUCAACCAGAGCUUUGAAAUCAUCCGCAAGCUGGAGUGUCCCGACCCGCAGAUCGUGGGCAACUACAUGAAGAGGUUUGCCAAGACCAUCGGGAACGUCCUGCUGUCCUACGCCGACAUCAUCGCCAAAGAGUUUCCCAACCACGUCAAGAAGGAGAAGGUGCCGUGUAUCAUCAUCAAUAACAUCCAGCAGCUGAGAGUUCAGCUGGAGAAGAUGUUCGAGGCCAUGGGAGGCAAAGACCUGAACGUGGAGGCCAGUGACUUCCUGAAGGAGCUGCAGAACAAGCUCAACAGCGUCAUGGACGACCUCAGCCGGAUCUUUGCUGUCAGCUUUCAGCCCCAGAUCGAGGACAACGUCCGGCAGAUGGGGGACAUCCUGGCGCAGGUCAAAGGUCAAACUGUACCAGCCAACGGCAGCGUGGUUCAGGAGGCCGACAACGUCUUGCAGCCCAUCAUGGACUUCCUGGACAGCAACUUGUCGCUCUUCGCCAAGAUCUGCGAGAAGACCGUCCUGAAGCGUGUCCUGAAGGAGCUGUGGAAGCUGGUGAUGAACACCAUGGAGAAAACCAUCGUGCUGCCGACGCUGACCGACCAGACGGGAACCCAGAUGAUCUUCAACGCUGCGAAGGAAUUAGGCCAACUGUCGAAGCUGAAGGAGCACAUGGGUCGGGAGGAAGCCAAGGCUCUGACACCAAAGCAGUGCGCUGUUAUCGAGCUGGCGCUGGACACGAUCAAGCAAUACUUCCAUGCCGGUGGAGUGGGGCUGAAGAAAACCUUCCUGGAGAAGAGCCCGGACCUCCAGUCCCUGCGAUACGCGCUGUCCCUCUACACGCAGGCCACCGACAAACUCAUCAGGAAGUUCGUCCUCUCGCAGCACGCUCAGGUCCACGGAGGUAAAGGGAUCCGCUUCACCGCAAAUGAGGACACGCCACCAGACAAACCAUCUGGCGUGGACGCGGUGGGCGAGGUGGUGAUGCACGUGGACAUCUUACCGCAGCCCAACGGAGAACACAAGAUCAGCGUGAAAGUGGUGUCAGCGAACGACCUCAAGUGGCGGGCGCAAGGUUUCCGGCCCUUCGUGGAGGUCUACAUCAUCGGCCCCCACCUCAGCGACAAGAAGAGGAAGUUCGCCACCAAGUCCAAGAACAACAGCUGGUCGCCCAAGUUCAACGAGAGCUUCCAGUACUCGCUGGGGACUGAGGUGGGGCCGGAGAGCUACGAGCUGCAGGUGUGCGUGAAGGACUACUGCUUCGCCCGGGAAGACCGCACCGUGGGGAUGGCGGUGCUGCAGGUGAAGGACAUGGCCAACAAGGGCAGCGUCACCUGCUGGCUGCCGCUGGGACGGCGGGUCCACAUGGACGAGACGGGCCUCACGGUGCUGCGCAUCCUCUCGCAGCGCAACAACGACGACGUGGCCAAAGAGUUUGUGAAGCUGAAGUCUGACCAGCGCUCGGCCGAGGAGGGCCGCAGCUGAGAGACCACCCACUGACCACUGACUCCUGAACCACACACACACACACACACACACACACACACACACACACACACACACACACACACACACACCUGUACAUAGACCCGCUGACAUUACAUUGACAUCAAUGCAAGCAAGGAGGAGGAAGGUUCCACCCCACCCACGAAGCCAUGAGUCGGCCGCGCCCGGCCACCACCAUCCCACUUUUGUAUGCCGAAACAACCGCGGAACCAGGAAACACGCUCAUACUUUGCACUUUUGCUUCUGUCAGGAAAGGUUCCUGUCUCACCUCCUGUCCACUCAGCUGCCUGGUCGCCCCCAAACCCCGAUGCCUGUUCUGUUCCGUGCCCCAUCACUGACCUGCAUGUGGAACCAUAGUUACCGUCCACUGUUUCCUGCGACACAGCAAUACACCCUGAAAGUGCACAGAAAAAAAGGGCUACAGCGCCUGUGGACCGGGACGUGACCCUCACCUCCGGAGUAUUUUGGAAGGGACACACUCCGUUGCAUGAAGCCAGUGGCCAUGUUUGUGUGUGUGUGGGGGGGGGAGGGGGCGCAUCUUUCAUUCCCACCCUGAUACUUAGAGCAAUAUGUUGCCUCUGUGACGCAAGCAACUGCAAUAUCCAAACCCAAGCAAUCUCUCGUUUGACGUCGUUGAAGGGGAAGUGUUUUUUUUUUAUCAAAUAGAAGAAUGUUUUCCAUGAAUUUGCCUUCAGCAGGACCAAAAUUUGCACAAACCAGAGUUCUAAACAGGAGAAGCCAUCGAGAGUCACCGCCAAGCGUUUAUGUUUUGUCACGUGAGCGUCCAUUUCCGGUGGUUGGAUCAACUGCUGCCACCUGUCGUCCGGAGUCAGUACUGUCUCCAAAGUCUGUCCAGUAGUUUCACCCUGCUGCUUUAUCGUCCAUGUCGUCGACACACACACACACUCUCACACACACGCGCUACACUCAAGCACAAAGGGGCACAUGUUAGGUGACACACAUGCACGCACGCACGCACGACUUGGCGGAGACAGCGACACGCUCCGCCCUGUGAAUAGACUCGACUGCAUGAUGAGAAACUUCAAUGUGCCAGCACGCGUGUCUUCGGUGUUUCUGAACUCAUGUCUUCGUCCGAGCAGGUUUGUGAAACUGUAACCAACAUGAAUGUAGUGUGACCACAGGCUACGCAUGAGAGAAUACUUUUCUACCGAGGAUGUUUCUAAUUCGUUCUUCUCGUUAUUGCUCUUGAAUCAGGACGCGGAGGAGCCGGAAUGCAGCCUGACUGAUCUGCUUCCUAUUAAAAUGACAGGUCUGUUGUCACAAGCCGAGCUCCUGGCUUCUUCUCUGCUUCUCCUGCGGGUUUGCAUACCCGCGCUUUGGCUCCCCCUGCUGGUAGUGAGGUGCCAGCGCUGAGCAGAAGCGCCUCCAAAUCGAUGGACCGGUUCUCUAAAUUCCCACCCGGGACCGACGUAAGCGAUGCUUUAUUCACGCUUCUGCAGCGUUUAGGAACGUCUUCAGAUGGGCCAGUUUCCAUAGUCUCAAACCUUCAGCUGAAGCGACCUGUUUCCACCUGAGUGAGUCCAGUCAGGCCCCGUGUGACCUUUGACCUCCCUAGGGAGGAGGAGGGUUGUGUAAACAGGCACUUAACAAAAGUUGAAACAGAUGUUUCAGCGCAGAGGCGAGACUGCAUGAAACUACUUCAGUUUAAUGAGAAAGCGACGGAGAAACGACCGGAACAGGUGUUUCGGGACACCACCGUUAAACUAGAUUUUUUUUUUGUUUUGAUUUAUUAAUUUAACGUCUUUUUUUUUUUUAUCCCACUCACAUUUUUUUUCCCCUACGGCACAUCUAAUAAACCCCACCACUCGUCAUUGCUGACACCUGCUGGUCAAGAUAAGCACCUGCAAUUCCGUGCGACCAAGAAAUAAAGACAAGACGCCAAAAUUCAUUUUACAGUAAAAAAAUGAAACCAAAAAACGAGACUUUAUUAAAGAAGCAUAAAAAAUAAAACUCUUGAUACAUUUCUUAUAACCGUCAAGUCGGCUAAAAUCAUACAAUUAUACAAUUUUCCCUCCUCGCGGUUAAAAGGUCCAUAAACUUUCAAAUAAAAUAUAUUUCAAUUUUUUAAAUUUAUUCAAUAAUUUUCUCAUUUUGUUAUAAAUUGCCUAUAUGUAAUACACAGAAAAUAAAGGAAAUAAAAAAAACUUACAAAAUAAAAAUAAGAUUUAAGUCAUAAAAAGGGUCACAUUGUUGUC